AUGGCACCUAGAUUUGUAGGUCCAUUUGAGAUCCUGGAGAGGAUAGGACCAGUUUCUUAUCGACUUGCCCUGCUGCCUAGCCUUACAUGUAUUCAUGACGUAUUUUAUGUUUCUAUUCUUAGAAAAUAUACUCCAGAUUUGAUACAUGUAUUGGAUUGGAAUUCUUUACAGGUCGCAGACAAGCAGCUGGCUUUGGAGCUAGUACAUAUACUGCAACAGUGGACCCUUACCCUCAGGGGUCACACCAAAGAAGAGGUAAGGGUCCAAUGGGAUAGAAAUGAUGAAACUUCAGCUACAUGGGAGGAUUUUGGAAGACUUAGAGCUUCUUACCCCUAUUUGUUUAUAGGAUUCCAAGAGUAA